GUUUAUCAUCGCUCAAUCGAAGUUUCACGCAUUACUAUGCAGACGGUCGGUCUGAUUUGUGGAGACCUAUCGGAUAUCAUCGCUGCGUCUUCAUCGCACUUCGGUUGGAGUAGUGUGUGUCGGUAGAGAUCUUUUUCGUCUUACUAGCAGUACGAAGUAGGCUUGCAGAGGACAUAACGAGGACUUCUGGUAACACGAAUGUAGCUUCGAUUUUGCUCGUUGUCGAUAGUGGUGAAGAGAAAGUGGAAUCGGUUGUGGUUGAAGCUAGAUGUCUCCCCCAAAAUCUUUGUAAUAUCUAUGCAUUUCUCUCGCGCCUCUUCGCAUGGAUUUUGAAGUACCCAGUUGUUACUUAUAAUAUAUCAUAUUUCGCUUCCAGUUGCAGGCGAUGCUUGAUGAUCGGACAGAUAUUGAAAGCCUUCCCAUGAUCAUUUGGUUUUCUCAAACGAAGAUUUUACGUUUAGUUCUCCACCCAAUUUAUUAGGUUCUUCUGACUUGGAUUCCGUUUCCUGGAUAAGUACCAGGGUUCCUGGCGUAUUCUUAUUCAAGCUUCAGAGCAAGAUUAGACGACAGUCCUAGCUCGCUGUACUACAACUGCUAGUUUGUAAAUUGAGUUGAAAAGAAGUGGUGGGUCCCAAACGACGGAUAAUGCCGUCUACACCAGUAGGUGCAGGGUUUGUUGAGGAACUCGAUGAAGAAAGUCCUCUCAACCUGAAAGAUGAUGAAGCUGUAAUGGCCGCAGCCUGGCGCGGGCAGCAAGGGCAAUUCGGAGUCGGACAGAAUGAGAGAAAGUACUAGUUUUUUUUUUGCUUUCUCCUCAACAUUGUUUGAUUUAGAAGUGAAUCUUUAUUAUUCUAGAGCUACAGAAAUGACACCUUGAGACAGAUUGAGAAUGAACCCAGACGUAAUGGGUAAUUUUUCUCCUUUACGUUUGUACAGCUUAUCGUCCUCUCGUCAUUCAAGCAAUCCAUUGGUAGCUCGUGUUCUCCGUGGUACCCUCCUCAUUCAGACGGAAAGCAACCUCGUUCUGUUCUCAGAAGAAUUGCUCCUGUUCUCCUAGGCCUGCCGCGCUCUUCAACAUCAGCUUCGACAAAUGCUUGGUGACCCACGCGCAGAUACUUUCUGUUCUGCACUCUAGCGGCCUAGUUGCUUUUCUCCGUUCUUGAGAUCUCGAUCCCGCUGUUUGGAUGGAAGAGGAAGAGCGAUAAUCAAAUGCUUCAUGCCCUUCCUACAGUUCAUCUUGCCACUUCUUCUAGCUCGCGAACGAUCUCACCGGACGAUUGAUGUUCGUCAUGUUUCCUGGAAUAGCUGAAGCAUUUCCAUUCAUCUUUUUAUUUUUCCUAGAUAAAUGUAGAGAUUGGACCUUCACAAGAACUAAGUAAGUACAAUUAACUAUGAAGGAAAAUCAUCAUUGGGACGUAACGAGAAUGGCCAGGAGGUUCAUUUUUAGGCUUGUUUAGUAUGCAUUACCUUGCUUACCAAUACCAACGUUGCCGUAGAACCGCUGGUGUUGAUAAGACAUUGAUCAACAACAAAAAAUUGGACAUGAUAGACAUGGAUAGCAGACGCAACUAGAACUAAGCUGAGCCAAAAUCCUUUUCGUCGAUCUCAUUGCCUGUUCGUCUGAGAUCAUGUCUCAGAAAGAGCGUUGCUCAUCCUUCCUAUGCUGAUAGGGCGUGCGAUCGAGAUGGGGGGAGCAGGAAAAAAGCCCGUAGGGGUUCAGGAGCCUUCCUCUGCUUACACGCGUGUUUCUCCGCCAACUUCGGAUGCUGGGAGCUCCCUCAAGCGCCGACUCUUUUGCUGUUCAUGGUCGGACACAAAAAUAGAUGCUCUGCUUCAAGAGUUCACAAGAAAAUGACAAUUUGACUUUGAGAAGUACAAGUAGACCAAAUUCAAAACUAUCAACUAACUAAAAGGAAAUAUUUUGUUUUGUGCGCGCCUUCCUAAACCUAAAUACGCUAAUUAAUUUAUUACCAAGACCAACCUCUUCCUCUCACGACAGGCCCUCCUUUUUCCGUUCGAAUUCACGGUGUAUCGGAGUUGUUUUAUUGAUCGCUGGCAUUUACGUAGUGCACAUAUGCCUAAGCGGCUGGUGGUCUGGCGACGCCUCACGUUUCGACUAUGUGGUUCCGGCGGAUCGGCAGCCUAUUGUGGAUGAGCGCCGUUACGGCUAUCGUGUUUUUCCCAACGGCCUCCGGUAUCUUGCCAUUGAGGACGCUACCUCACGAAACGCUGCUCUGUCGGUUCUCGUAGAAGCUGGGUCUUUGCGCAAUCCCGACGAUGUGGAGGGUGUGGCACAUUUGCUAGAGCACACAGUGCUCAUCGGCAGUGAGAACUUCCCGGGCAAGACACAAUGGGACGACUUCCAAGAAAAAUAUCUCGGAAACUCGAACGCUUUUACUGCAGACGACAAGACGGUGUACUACAUCGGACUCACGAAUGACGGUCUGGAGGGUGCAUUUGAGCGAACUGCAGACUUCAUGUUUCGCCCGACUCUCACUGCAGACAGCGAAAUCAAUGCGGUGGAAGCGGAACACGAGAAAAAUAUCCAGUCUCCGGGCUGGCGCAUCAACUCUUUGCGCGAUUUUGUUUUCGACCCGCAGGGCUUGGGACGAUUCAGCACGGGUAAGAAAUAAUAGGAGGAUCAAAGAUCAUCUUUAUUUUAUUCUUGUUUAAAGGUUCGAGGUUCAGCGUUUCACGAUCUUGACUAAAUGAUCACAUUACAACCUCUAUUUGUCUUCUCGGCAGUGAUCGAGAAUUAUUGAUUUUUACUAUGUUGACCAUCGAGGUAACCGCGCCACACUCCAAAGGCCGACAAUUAUCCAGGACUUGAAGCAGUUUCAUUCUCGCUGGUACCAUCCUUCGCUGAUGACAGUCGUUUCCGUAUCCCCUGAUCCUCUCUCGGUGCAGCUUGCUCGGGCAACGAAGUAUUUCGGACAGGAGAGCAACCCCAGAACGCCGUACGUUGAUCCAAGGCCGUACAUCGUAAAUCCCCAGUAUGGUCGCUACAUCCACAUGUUCGACGAGAACAGUCCGACGCCACGAUUGCAGCUUCAAUUUCCGAUUGAGAUGGAUUUUCGUCCCUACUACCGCAGCGGAUUGGGUGCCUACUUCAACCACUUGCUCAAUUUCGAGGGUUACGCCGCGAAGCAAGGUCUUCAAGGAUACAUGUUGGAUCAGGGUUGGAUUUUCGGGAGCGGCUUCGGUGUGUCCGCGAGCAACUACUUGACGACACUGAGUUUUUCGGCGUCGCUUCGGCACCCUCAGUUUGCAGAACAAGUUGUCAAUGAGUUCUGGCGUUACAUGAAGGUGGUCAAACAGGAAGUGCGGAUGGAUGUCUACCAAGCGAUAGAAAAAGUGUCUGCGUUCAGUUGGAAGUGGGUAUUUGCAAACUGACUUUUUGGAUGAUGUCGAUUCAAUUUCAACUCUUUCAAGUGCAAGGACUGAUUACACUACACCUUCUAGUUUAGUGUGGAAGUAUUUCCUUUUCCAAUUUUCUGAAAUUCUCAACAGAAUAAAGUCGAUGGUGAUCGAGCAGAUCUUGCAACAGAUUAUUGCGAGCUUUUGUCAGACAAUCAUCCACCGGAGGACCUUCUCAUGUCUGGGAAAAUCCAGAUGGAUCCGGAUAUUGUGCGACGCGUCUUGACCGACAUUGUGCCGGAACGCAUGCAGAUCCUCAUCACUGAGAAACAGGGAUCGCCGGACGGAACUCCCGAGGAAGGCUGGCCCGUGAAGACGCUGAGGUACUACGGGGUGAAGUACACCGAGGGUUUCUGGGACAUCAGCAGCCAGGUGCAAAAAAUCGUCGCCGAAAAACCGAGUGUGCCGAACUACGGCUACACGCUACCGAACCCGCUACAGCCGCCUCCGGUGAUCGACUACACACCAGAGCACUUUGCGCAGCAAUACAGCAAAGAGUAUCCGUUCGGGCCGUCGCCGGAACGUCUGGAGGGAACAAUCUGGUACCGCUGGGGCAGCACAACGCGCGAGCCGCAGUUCAAGUUUUUCAUGCGAUUUUUCGCGCGCAUGACAUGGAGCUACGCCGAAGACCCAGCCUUCGAGCGUCACGCAGCUUUCCGCACCCUCUGGGGCCACAUGCUGGCACGGAAACUCGCACCGGUGAUGGACGAGGCGGAGACGUGUAGUGUUGGGAUCGGUAUCGACGGUGGUUUCGAAAACUUGAUGUCGAUCCAGGUGUCGGUCGGUGGCUACUACAGUGCGGCCUGCGAUACGCAGUUGCAGAAGGUGUUGGACGUUUUCUUUAAGCUGGAAGAGGGCCCGAGUAAGGGCGCGGCAGUGAGUUUGCGGGGCACGGACUUGGUGGGACGCGUUUCGGAGGCUCUCUACUUGGAUUUGACGGAUCACACAAGUUCCAUGCCAUUCCGCUUCGCGACGAGUGCAUUAGGCACAGUGAAUGGCGAAAAUGGAAUCACGGGAGAGGCGCUGGUGGUUACCGUGAAGGAGGUCCGGGACCAGAACUUGGCGAAGAUUGGUCGAGAGGCACUGCCAGAGGCGAAUGGUUUGCUCAAAACCGAAGAGUACAUCGUCGGUCCAAAUACGCAGCUGCCCGAGCACCUCGCGGAAAAAUCGAACAGCGCGGGACCGAAAAAACCCAGCGGCUUGUUCUGCGCGAGUUGCGACCUCGUUUCCAUCGCUGCCGUGGACCGACUUCAGGACACGGUAGUGAGGGCGGACACGCUGUACGCAGACGGCAUGGCUUUCGGCGGCAUCACAAAGGGCGAUGCGCGUCGAUUGCGGGAUACCAUCGUCGCACGAUUUGAGGCCGAGCGCCGGUCUCCGCCAGUGGCCAACGCAGUCUCGGCAUCUACUCCAGGCGGAGAAAAGAAAGGCAUUGUCUGGGAUCCGAUUCCAGGUGGAAAAGUGUCGCGACGAAGCAUGAAGCACCCGAUUGACCUACAGGUUCACACGAAGCGCCUAGAGGACAGCAAUGAUGUGACACUUGUGCGCCUCGUGAAAAACUCAAAACGAAGUGUCAUGCUGCCAGACGGAUCGGUCAAAGUCGACCUGCAGGAGGUCUUCACCCACAGAAUGCUCGGCGUCAUGUUCGGAAGCUUCACGUUUACGAGGUACAUCGAUUACGACUUGAUACACAUUAAGUUUCCUUUAGAUAAGAUGUCGAUACGUGAUUCCAUCGCCCUGUAGUGGUAAUUAUUAGUAGUGGUAAUUAUUACAACUACCUGAGGAUGAUUAAGUUUAAUAACGACCACAACAACUAUUUUUUCUCUCUCAUCUAUCAGGUUACGGACAUUGGUCCUUGAAAAGCAGGGCAAGCAGCGCUACGUGGUGUCUGGUUCAAUUGGUGGGUCAGGCGUCAACUUCGGUGUUGACGUGAUGAUUCAGACGACUAAGGAGGAUCUGCAGGAAGUGAUGAAGGAGAUCGAGAAUCACAUCUACAUAGAAUUCGGCAAAUUUCUUGAUGGCGUUACAGAAGCAGAGUUUGAAACGCGACGCCGCAGCAUUCUCCAGAAGCUGUCGAGUAAAGGUGACUCCUUCGGUUCGGAGAUGGGUCAUUUUGCCGGUGUUUUGGACGAGCCACGGACGGAAGGCAAGGAACUCAGGGAGUGCCACUGGCAGCUGCAAUGGAAGAAGAUCGCAGCAGUGAAAAGACUAACCUUAUGCUUGAACAAGGUGUACUGACUAUAAAAGAUCAGGUUCGAAUUAUGAGCCACUUCUUCUCGUUCUUGUAGUUCUUGAAUUAUAAAUCGAAGCCGCGAGCUUGUGAUUAACCAAUCGAAAGCAAGAGAAACUUCUCCUGUUACUCGUUUAUUUCUGUCGUCACCCCGUCCGACUUCUAUCUCUAAUACCUCUAGCGGAAACUAGGCUAGCUUGGAGGGACUUUCUGGACAAGUCAACCACGGUACGCAAGCAGGUUGUACUGCAUCACGACUUGAAUAAACCGCUAGACCCGAGGAAAACCGUCGCUUCGUACCAGGCAGCGAAGAAGAACCCGGAGAACGUCGACUGGUACCCGCGCUACGGCGGGAUCCGCGACUGCGACGAGUAGGUAGUCGCCGAAGGCAACAAAUCAAUACUGCAUUAGAGCAGUGUUGUUGUUGAGGAGGAGGGUGUACAUGUGGAGGAAUUGGUAAGAGUUUUUGAAAUUAAUCGCACAACAUUUGUAAUGCAUGGGCAUGGAGAAUCGCAGCGCAGAAUGAAUUUACACUGUUGUAGAGAGCUUGAAGUUUACGUAAUGACUCGUAUGAUGUUCAUAAUCGAUCAUCUCGGCACAGAAAAAUGUUCUUCGGCUUAACCAACGUAUGUUAUGAAUGUAGCAUCCAGGAUUCGUAGAACUUCUUCGUAUUUCAACAUUAUGUCAUAAAGCAAUCAGAAUAUAAUGCGAACUGUUAUUUUCAGAUAUUAGCGUAACCCAAUCCCUGAUCAUAUAGGCAGACUCAAUUUCAAGAAAAUGGACCUAAGACCUAACAAUUUGUCUAGUCGAAGAAGAGCUUAUAAUUUCCGUAAAGCAGUAACGCAUGAUCAUGAAUGUCACACCUUGACCAACAAGAGAAAGAAAUUUCAUUCAUGACAUCAUCAUGAUCAGCAUGUUAUUUUGUUGUCAUUUUAUCUACCACGCAGAUAUUAUUAACGUAGUAACGAGAAAUGCAUAAAAUGAAUUGACUAUACAUCGAAAAAUCACCCCUAUUUCCCAGUCGUAGAAUUUCCUCGUUUUCUUUUCUGUACAAAAAUAGAACCUUGACCUCCCUCUCUGGAAUAGGCAAAGAAUCUGUCCACAUUAGUUCUUGUUUAGCUUGAUGAUUUUCGCCAUUCAAAGUAUUACAACUAGUAUCCCUUCGAUGAUUGAUUCAGAAGUACCACACGGGUGACGACAAUCGAUUCAAGAUUUUGCACAUAAGCAUCAAAUGUCAACACGGUCGGAGUAUGUUGUGCUGUGACCGGUUGCGCCUAGCUCAUGAUGUUGUUUUUGCGCGGGAUGCUUGUACGGGGUAGGAUAUCUUCGUGUACGAACUUCAAAACGUGGCUCUUCUCCGAAAGGCUUACUAGUAUUACGCAGUCGAUGUAUGUCAUACAGUUGUUUGUUCAUUUUGCGAUUGUGUGGGCACUAGGCUGAUGAGGGGUGUGGCUAUUGUCGAUCCCCAGGUUCCUGCUCUUCGCUUUGGGUGCCCCCACCCCCUAUGACCACAUUGUACCAGAUGUGUGAAGCCUUUAUCUCAUUUCAAGAAAAAUGUUUCCCGCGCCCCCUCAUUCAUUCUCUUAUCUCCCACUCGGACUCCCUAAAAAUGACCUAGAAGCCUGAACUGAUGUUUUCUGAGCCCAGACUUCUGGAGCCCUGGCCGCUGCCUGUCGCAAGCCGGAAGUCUCUUAAUCUUAAUCUUGACCUGAUCAUGAUUGACCUCCGCAAACGUCCAUUGCCUCAUCAAAAAGUGUGCUAUACAGCAUACUGCUGUGCAUGACGAAUAUUUGCGUUGGCUUUAGGACGGAAAGAACAUCAGUGAUAUGCAUC